UUUUAUGGAGCUACAUAUUUUGUGGACAAUUACAAUUAAUCGAAGAUAUUUUUUACUUCGCCACGAUUUGAAAAAGAAAUCAUUACACGCUUAUUUUUGCACAAUCAUCAAAUUUCACAAUCAUCGUUACCAUGUUCAUUGUCAGAGAUAUUAUCAUGAUCUAUUACGCAGUUUGGAAUUUAUAAUAUAUCUAUGAUGGAGAGGAACGAAGACAUUUGAAGAAAUUAUAUACCAUCGUACGUCUAUUUUGUGAAUAAAAUUAUUAUUAAUCGAAAUUUUCCUCCAUUGGAAUUGGAUAUAAUUUAUCCAACAGAUCUUCGUCACGAGCUACAUUAGAACUACGUUAGAUCUAAAUUGAAAUUUUCUUCAAUUUUUCUCGAUACGAGAUUGUUGUGAUGCCCUAAGAAGGAUCUGUUAUUAAACGGAAAUUAAAACUUUUUAAAAAGAUUGAAUUUUGUUGUGGAUAUAUUUGAAUCAGUUGAUCAGUGGUGCAAGAAAAAAAAAGUGAAAGAAAAAUAGAAGGAAUUUAAUAUGAUGUUGGGAAGCUACGAGGCGCAGCCGGAUUAUUAUCCGCAAUGGCAUCAACCCUAUAAUUAUGUUACACAAUUACCGUAUGGUCCGUUGAACAUGCCAGAUGCGGAUAGCCAAUCGACGUACUGGGGCGCGGAUUCCGGGAUUUCUGGGGGUAGUUCUGGCGCUGGAAGCCCCACCGCCUCAACACCUCCCUUGAUCGAAGAGAUUGGUGUCCAGGAGCCCAGUUACUCCCCUCUACAACAAUACCCGCAAACUUCGAUGAACCAACACUAUUCCAAUCUAACUUACCCACCCCAGCAAGACGUCCCUCAUCAUCAUUUUCACCAUCAUCAUCAUAAUCAUCAACAAAAUCAUAGAAGAGAUAGCGAUUAUUCCACGGUUUCUUCGAUGAAUCAAAUCGAUGGCUCGCUUCAGCAACAUCUUAGACAAGGAGUCAGAGACGGUGGCGUAGUAGUCAGGCCUAAAAGAAGAAAUACAGCGAACAAGAAAGAAAGAAGACGAACACAGAGCAUAAACAACGCGUUUGCCGACCUUCGUGAUUGUAUACCGAAUGUACCGGCAGAUACGAAGUUAUCGAAAAUUAAGACGUUGAGACUAGCAGCUUCGUAUAUUGGAUACUUGAUGGCGGUAUUGGAGAGUGACGAGGGAGAGGAACCGCAAACUUUUCGCGCCGAGAUUUUGUCCAAUGGCAGGAGGAACAAGACGGUUCAGGCAAAUCAGGAAUAUAUCAAAUUGCAUGAUAAUGAAGACAUGGAUAGACAGAUCGAGACAGGUCGAGACAAGUCGAGACAAGUUGAAACAGGUUUCGAAAUUGUAUAUUAUCCACGUAAUAAAAUUAUAUUGCUAAUUAUCCAGAUUUUAAAUUUUUAACAAAAUUUUUUAUC